CAUCUGCUGGUGGUCAGAGUCUGGGUUAAACUCGUGUUUAAUUUAACAAUCAUGUCCAUUGACAUGGACACUCCGGACUCGUGGACAAGAGACGCGACCAGAGGCUGCGGCACUGGGGCCCCUGUCAUAUUCCUUUAAUUCACCAGGCUGACUGCGAUGCGCACCAUCAUUUAUGCAAUAGCCCCUUGAGGGACGGCACCUGGAUGUUGACCAAAGUUGUGGGCCUAAUCGUGCCCUUCUCACAAUCGUUUCUACCUGGGCGCCAUGGUGAGGCAGGGUAGAUUGCCUUGGACUUAGCAUUAAAUGCCCAGUGGGCUGGUACACAAAUUCAGUUGGCUAUAAUAUGGGUUCGCUUAAUGGGCCACUUAAUAAAUUUUUUAAUUUCGCAAAUUUGAGUGGCAUUCUUAUACCUUUCAUAAAAAACUUUACAGACUCUAUAAUUUAUAAUAACACAUUCUCUUGUAAUAAUGGAAUCACCUAGAUCUAGAUCUAAUAUUCUAAUAAAUCAAUACCAUAUAUACUGGUUAUUUACAAUCCUCUAUAGAUCUAUUUUCUAUACUCUAAGAGAUUUAAAAAAAAAACAGAUAUAUGCUUUAUAUUUUGUUUAAUCCUGUAGAAGAUGCUAAUUUGAAUUUAAUCUACGAGACAAUGAUUUGAGUUUAAAAAUUAAUCAAGAAUUUCAGGUUAUAAUGGGGAUAAAAAGUAAAUUUCCCCUUUCAGACCUUGCAAUCUAUAGGGCAGAUGAUGUUAAGGUCAUCUGUUUCUGUGGCCAACGGUUAACGAGCAGGGUGUCAUGUGGCAAGCACAACGACCAACCGCCUUUACUUUCCCCAACUAAAGUCAGGUACCCAUUAGAGUUGGGUGGACUCAGGGGCGCCCUAAAAUCCCAAAAUUAAAAAUCCCAGUCUACACUGAGAUUCGAACCCAGGACCCCAGGUUCGGAAGCCAAGCGCUUAACCACUCAGCCACUGCGACCCUAUAAUGGGGAUAUUAUUGUCAUGCUUUAUAUAUACACUGACUGUUACCAAAAAUUGACUCAAAUAUACCGUUUCCAGUCAAACAUGCAUUAUAUUAUUGGUUUUUUCAUCAUAGCCAUAAUUUGAUGAGUCUGUAGUAGAAAUCUAGUGUAGUCAAGAACUAUGUCUAGAGCUCUAUUAUUAUUAGAAAUCCAUGGCCAUUCCACUUUUUACUUAUCGCAAAAGACAAAGAGAAGCAGUUCUUUCUGAUCCCUUCCAAAUCUCAACAGUUACAGAUGUUUCAGAUUCUGCUAAUCCACCAAAAUAUGGCAACCCAGCUCUAAGAAAUAACGGAGAACAAAAACAAUCUACACAAUUUAAUAAUUCAAGGUCCAAUACUUUGAGAAAUUAUUCAUCAAGCCAUUCAGUAAAAGAUACCCCUUUACAACUUAUGCCAAAUUCUCAUUCCAGAAGCACUAAUAAUUUCCAACAAACCAGUACAAACUUUAGCAAAGCUGUAAACAGGAGCUUUGGCAGAGGUACAAACUUCAAUGAAGUAUCAACAGUGUCCUCAGCAGUACCAUAUAGAAACUCAAUGAAUGGAAACUUUCAACAUUUUGAUACAUAUAACAACCCAGCCACAAGAAAUGCAAACAGAAACAGAAGCUUUGUACAGGGUAACAACUCAAUGCCAGAUGUUGCUUCAAAAAGUGGAUUGGCGAGAGUGCCUUCUGUUGUUACCAGUUCCAAUCCAAAUAGAUUUAGUGAAACCAGGAGUACUAACAUCUAUAAACAAAGAGAGUUUUUGGAAAUGCCCAAGGGAGGAAAGGUUAUCAAUGAAUGGAAUCCUUCAGUGUUGAAUGCUGAAAAAGUUUUGAAAUCAGAUGUAACAUCACCUAGAGUUGUGCCAUCCCAAACAAUGAAUAAGACUAGUUUUAAAAAGUCUGAGAAGGACUCAUCAAUGCAGAUUUUCACUUGUUCCAUUUCAUCAAUGAAAUCUUGGGCAUCAUGCAAUAUAACAGAUAUCAUGGUGAUGUUUGAAAUAUAUGGUUUGGUUGAUUCUGCUACUCUCAGAGAUAGUUCUGGCACAGGCAAAGAAUUUAUACUUCGAGAUGAUACUUCCAGCAUCAAAUGUAUCUUUUAUGAAAUAGAUAGAGAACUGCCAAGACUCAUCAGAGGCCAGGUUUACAGAGUUGUUGGCCUAAUGAGGAAAGACCUACUACAGGUGGUUCAUGUUAGAAGUGCAGACAAAGAAGAGAGACAGGUUUGUAUUCUGGCUAGUCAGGUCUCUCAGAGGGAGAUGGAGCAAGUCAUCAGAACUCACAAUGAGCAAUAGCUGCCAAAUUGGAAGACAGUUUUACAAUUCAGAAUUUUUUAUAUUGUUAAUUUUUGUUUAAAAAAAAAGUUGAAUUUGACAAUUGUAUAUGUUUAAUAAAUGUAAAUGUUUUAUUUGACUUCUUUAGGAAGCCAGCAUC